GGAUUGCCAAAGUGGGUGAGGGAGAGCAAAGUGAUGUGCUGAGUCAGCAUGACUUGCUAGUAACAGCCGCUCUCUGAUGCUGCCAAGUUCUUUUUAAAGCUCCUGGCUUCCUUCUAGGCCGGCCCCUCCCCGAUCUCUCUCCUCCUAAUCUCUACCUCCACUUCUCUUGUUUUCCCUUUGAUCUGUCUCCUCUCACUCCUUCUAUACUCAUCUAACCUUCCUGGCCCCAGCCCCUGAUUCCCAAAGGGGAGGAGCUGACAGCCAGCACAAUUUGAGAGGAGCCAAACAGAGAGAAUAACUGUCGUGGCUCCCAGGUUAUGACGACCCCCAGUAAAGGAAAUAAGGCCUUGAAGGUGAAGAGGGAGCCAGGUGAAAAUGGCACCAGCCUGACAGAUGAGGAGCUGGUGACAAUGUCAGUACGAGAGCUGAACCAGCACCUUCGGGGCCUAUCAAAGGAGGAGAUCAUUCAGUUGAAGCAGCGUCGGCGCACACUUAAAAACCGAGGCUAUGCUGCUAGUUGCCGAGUGAAGAGGGUCACCCAGAAGGAAGAGCUGGAGAAACAAAAGGCAGAGUUGCAGCAGGAGGUGGAGAAGCUGGCCUCUGAGAAUGCCAGCAUGAAGCUGGAGCUGGAUGCCCUCCGCUCCAAGUACGAGGCCCUGCAGAACUUUGCGAGGACGGUGGCUCGGAGCCCCGUGACCCCGGCCCGGGGCCCCAUCACUGCCAGCAUGGGGCCCCUUGUCCCUGGCAAAGUGGCUGCCACCAGUGUCAUCACAAUAGUGAAGUCGAAAACGGACGCCCGGUCGUAGUGACACGUGUGUGUGUGCUCCCCCGGUGGCGGGUAUAUGUGGGGUGGUUAGGCACAAGGCAAUUUGAACAGCCCUGUCCCCACCUCUCUUUCUUCUUCUCUUCUCCCACCUCUUCCCUGCAAAGCACAACCUCCCACCCCGGGGGUGCCGGGCUGAGCCCCCUUUGAUUUCAUCAUUAUCGUCAUGUGUCUUGUGCGUUGGGAUUGGUCGGUGCGGCGGUGACAUGGGGUGGCCCCCUUCCUUCCUCUGGGUACCAAGGCCAUGUGAACAUGGAGUCCAGGUGUGCUCCUGUUGGCAUAGAGAGAGUGUGCUAGGACGUCUUUGUCUCUGGGGAGGGGCGGUUCUGGUUUGGGAGGAUGGGACCUGUUCCUUCUUGAGCCCCAGGUUGCCUCCCAGACCUAAGAAUGCUGUCCUCACUACCCCUAGUGUCAGGAGCUAGGAUCCACCUUGGGAACUGUUCUGUCUGGAGUGGUUUGUUGUAGACAAACCCAGUUGAAUAGCUCAGCAUCAUGGGGACAAACAGGCCUUGUUCUAAUGGGGAAAUUGCAGAGCGUCCUAGUGAGACUGGGAGAGUGAAGUGGUGCUUCCCUGGUUGGUGGGGGAGGUGAUGGGAGGUCCUGGGGGGGGAAGGACUGGGUGUCAUGUGGUGGCUGUGAGCCAAUAGCCACGGCUUUUGUGCCUGACACGUUGCACUGAACAAGACCAAAAUCACUAGUUGUGAGCGUAUUUGAAGGGUGUGUACAGUGUGUCUUAGCAAUGGGUCCUGUGUCACUGUUUACACAACCUGUGUGUGGUUAAAUGGUUCUUUAUUUAAAAAAGAAAAGUUCCUUUGAAGAAGCUAUUAAAUUAUAUAAGUUUAAAGACUAAAGAAGAAAAAGCUGCAGAGUAUUUAUAAAACUGUCUUUUUAAAAACACAGAAUAGGAGGAGUACUUGACCCUAGAAAUGGAAAAGAUUUAAAAAGGUAUCCUAGGAACGUUGUUAAUUUUAAAAAGAGAGAGGAACUUGGGGGAAAAUCCUUUGUUGUAAAUCCUUUCUUUGGACAAUUCUCUGUGGCUGUUGGAGUUUAGUUUUUAUAAACACAGAGUUAUCAGACAUUAUUUAUAAUACUUAGUUUAAAAAAAAAAAAAGAAAAAAAAAAGCCUAACCACAAAACCGACCAGAAGGCAAGUCCUAACGUUCUUUGAUAUCUCUUUUGCAAUUGUACCAAAAGUGACUUACUCUUUUGCCCUUUCUGCUUCCGUCUCUUUGCCGGUGGCCGUGGUGUCGUCCGUGCCUGUGAGGUCUUGUGCGACGGUAGCGUGCUGGUGCUUCUGGUGACCUUUGACGUGUGGGUGUCACUCUUGUGUCUGUUCCCGUGUUUGGUUUUUGGAUUUGUUUUUGCUUUUUUCUGGAUUCCCAGCACGGGCUGUCCAGAGCUUCUGGUGCAGCACUUAUAUGGAGGAUGCAGGAUCUAUGCUUACACAACCUCUCCUCUUUCUGCCUCCUUCCCUUCCCAAUCCAUCCUGAGUCCCCUGUUGGCAGAACACCAAAGGCCAGAAUAAACACUCUAGGGCUGGCAAGGAUUUGACUUUGGCUUUGGCUUUGGAUGGGAUGUAUCAUGUUGAUGAGAUGUAGGGCUGGACCAUUCUCAUCACUCAUGAAUAGACACCUCAACUUUUUGCCUUUAUGCCUUGGUCCUAUGAAGACCCAUGGCAGAAGAGGUGACUUCAGGGCCUGUCUGCACAGACAGUCAUCCUUGCAGCUUCCACAUUUGCCUCUCUGUAUGCUGGGAUGGUAGACUUUCAGGGACCAAGGAGUUGCCAUAGGUAAUAAAUUUGGGGUAUCGGUUAACUGUCCUUCCUGGCUGUCUUCCUCAUUAUCUCUCUGACAUGAUGAAAGCUGCACUUUGGUAUCCAAUCUGGCCACUGUUUUAUUCCUAGACUUCUGAUGAAGGGGCUAAACAUGAAGCUUUAGGCUGAAACCCUCUGGCCAGACAUCUGUCAGAACUUGAAUCUGGGGCAGGAAGUUAUCCCAUAUUUAUCCCAGAAUGGGAACAGUGAUGGUGAGAUACCACCAGGGGUAUUUUCUAUUCCCUCCAGUUCUGUGGUAUGGAGAGGUAUGUGAAACAACACAUUUCCUCACCUCUGCCCUCUUUUGGGUGGCCUGGUGAGAAGUCUUACCUGUGCUCUGCCUAGUUCCUUCUUCCAUCCACUUCCCCUAACCCCUGCCACUACCCUCCAUAUCUUGGCAGCUUUUUGACCUGAAUCCUUCCUCUUCCCCUUUUUUGGUCUUCAUGUCUUCCACAGUUUGGCCACUCAGCUUUCAGAGAAUUCUCCCUCUUGGAAUUCAGCCAAAGACCCUGUCUUGGCCUCACCAACAGAAGUAGCUGGUCCCCCUGUCUUGGUUCAACAAGCUCUUGUUAGUGAUAUGUUCAAAGGGCUAAGUCUGGGGUGGGAAUCUGAGCAAUAACUGUGGAUUGCUCAACUGUAUAAGUGCCCACCUUGAAGGAGGGCAGUUAGUCCUAACUCUGGCAAUACUGGUAGCCUCCACCUCUUUCCAUUGGGUUGUUUGAGCACUACAGACUAAGUUGGACCCCCAGGUUCCCUCUGGAACAUAUGGGCUAAGGAAAGAACUAGUAAGAGAUCCAAGCCUCCUUGCUGGCUGUUUAAACUAGAUUCAGGGUGCAAGGCGGUUCUUCCUGAGGGCAUUAUGUCUAGUUGCUCGACUGUUCCUUGAAACGGAGGUAGGAAUGGGAGAAGGAGCGGGGUUGCCACCCCUUGCAGGGAGGGAAGGCUUGAAUUACCCUUUCUGGCUAGGUUUACCUUUUUGCACAUUGUAAGCUGGGCCAGGGAAUAAUUCACCAGCUUUGAUCCAAGUAACUUCUAAGUGAACCUGUGAAGGUCCACUUUCUUCCACACUAUUGAACAGCUCACAUUGGCUGUCAGCAGGGUCAAAGAAUUAUUUAAGGCACCGUGUAGACCUGAUUUGGAGGGACAAGGGAGGGAAAUCACACGGGCUCACAGAUUGAGAGUUUGAUAGGACCUUGGGAGUCAUCGUAUUCAACCCCAUCAUUUUGCAGAUGAGGAAACUGAGGCCCGUAGAGUUUAAAUAACUUGCCCAUGGUCACACGGCUAGUAAGUGCCUGAGGCAGAAUUUAAACCCAGGUCUUCCUGACUCUAGGUCUAGCAUUCCUUCCACUCCAUCAUGCCCCAGGUCAGGGCAGGGCCUGACCACCACCCCCACCACCCCUUUUUUAAAAUGCAGUUGCCAGUUUUAUCCUUAGCUGUAGGCAUGUACCUGAAUAGUUCUCUGGACCUCUCAGCUUGGGCACUGAGGAAGGACCUUAUGGGGCAGGGAGAAAGGUGCUUGCAGAACCAACGGGGUGAGUGAGGUCUAUAAGACCACAUGUAGAUUGUUAAUCCCCAGUGAGGGGAGAAGAGACUAAUUCUGCAUGUUCAAGCCCAACCCAGAGUCCCUGUCUCCUGUCUAGUGCUGCUGUUUCUGGAGUUGUGACAUAUCGAGAUAUUCAUGCUUCCUUUCUUUUGACACAUUUGGGGAAAUGCUUUCCCCAGACUGAGGGGAGUUUGUCCUCUCCUACCCCAGCCAGGCUGGAGAGGUCACUGUUUUCAUGGGUGCUCCUUCUCCUUCACCUUGGUUUCUCUAGAAUAGAUACUGUGUCCAUGUGGGGGUGUUUUGUGUUUUCCUGGUCCUUAUUUGUUCAAGUUUCCUGCUGUGAGGGUGUUGUGUUCCUUUUCCUUCUUUGAAUUUUCUUGACAAGGAAUCGAGGGCUUCAGCUGGGGCCAAUUCUUCCAAACUCAUCUGCAAAGUAAUACCAUGAUCUGUAUUUCUCCCGUCCUCCUAACCCUGCUCUAACCCCCUCUCAGCCCACUAUAGGGGGCUCACAAGCAAGCCUCUAAAUUAAUCUGUGGGAUGGAGAAUAGGUUCACUCUUGAAUGAGGGGCCCUGACUCCAGAACAGAUACACUCCAAGGGCCACUGGCUGCUGCUCUUCCAGGGGAUGUGUUGUCAUUUGUGUAGAAAUGUGACCUAUCUGUGUGGUGUGUGGUGCGUCCUGGAGUCUUAGAUUCUUCCCAUGCCCCCCCCCCAAAAUGUAUUGUCUUGACAGUCUGCUUUUCAGUUUAGCUAUUAUUACUAUUAUUAUUCAGGAUUCAGGAAUGUCUGUUUGCUUGAGUUUUCCCAGUGCUUGGCUUUCGUUGGCCACAGACUGCUAUGGGCCAUAAGAUCGUGUUGGAUUGCUUCUCUUUGGCAGCCAGGGAUGGCCAAAGCUCCCUUUCCACAGACUGGGGAGCACCAGGCCUCAGCCUGCAGCACUGUUUCCGCACUGGGACUUUUUGAGUUACUUUUUUAGACUGUGGUUUGUUGGAAGGAACUGACACAUUAACGAUUUUUCUCCCCAGAAGCCACUGAAUAAUAGUUUAUGGCUUUUUCUUCCUUUCCUGUCAGUUUCCAGUGGCUUGGGAGUAAGCAGAUGGAGAUUACUAAGGGCACAGCUGAGACCCUGCAGAGAUGGGUCCAGAGGAAAGCCCUUAGUGGGGAGAGUGCACUAGAGACAGCUUUCCUCUUGUUCCUUGCUUGUAUGCCUGUGUCUGGGUGUGUGCUCAUUUGUGUUCGCCAGUAUCUGAAUCCCCAUCCUAUCUUUGCAGCAGCCACAGCCACCCAAAACUCUCGGAGACCAAGUUGGGUUGGUUGGGAACGGUGGGAGAGGGGAGGGAGGGGUCCAUGAGUCCUCAAUGAAGCCUUUUCCCACGGUGGGUGCUUCCCAUCUUGGGUGCCGUGAUCCCCAUUUGGCACAUUAGAGGGGGCUUUGCCUCACAGCAUCACCCCUUCCUCCCGUCCCCUCAGUGGGCCCUGCUCUUAAGCCUUUACCAAAUGGGAAUGGGGGCAGAGCAGCAUCCUGAGCACUUCCAGCGGCGAGACAAAGGCCGCCCCCGGUGCACCAGGCUCUGCUGCUUCCUUGCUUUUGGCCUUGAGUGGGUUGGGGUUGGGGGGAGAGGCGGCAGCCUUGAGCAAGGGCUUCUGCCUGGGGCUGAAGCCACUAGGAGCGGGUAUAGGCGAGCCACCUUGGAAUUUGCCUCGGGGUUUUUUACAGAUUUGAAGCGAGCAAGGCUGGGGUCUGGGUACGGGUCGGGGAGUCCCAGGCAGCCAGGGUCGACCUCUGGGUGUCUCCUCCCCCAGCCCGGCUCAGUAUUUAUUGCUAAAUUAUUGUCCAGGCGGGGCGGCACGGGGCCGGGCCCCCCGGGUAUUUAUUGCUGUAUAUAUUGUAUGUUUGUGAUAUAUAAGGUUUUCUUUAUUUUGUAUAUGAUCAAUAAAAACCUUUUAAAGAGA